AUGGGAGUUUCACAAUCAAGAAAUACAGAGCCCAUCAUAUUCUAUAAUCAAAACACUAGUCCACUCUACGGACAACAACAGCCUGCGGCUACAACUUCUGUCAGUUCCGAUGAUAACGAGAAAAUCGAGAAAAUCGUCCGCCAGCGUGUGAUGGAAGAAUUGAGACGCGAAAAAGAUCAACGAGAGCAAAACCACAGUCAAAAAUAUGAAGAACUGGCGAAAAAGAACAUUGAAAACGAUUUAAAUUCAGUGGCUAUAGCUGAAGAUAUUGAAAAUAUGAUUGAAAAAUUGAAGAGAUCUGUUCCUGCUGAUAUACCUACAAAAGUUGCUCAGAGCCAGGAAGCUCUCAUUGUUUGUUACAAGUAA